AUGUCUUCCUUUGAACAGUUUAAUCCAGAAUUUUACCAAUCAAAUUAUGAUAUUAAUGACCAGCAGCAAACUUCCUAUAACUAUGGAGGUAGCAGUGGUCCUGAUUCAAGUAGUGAAUUUGAGAAUAGAUACACACAGCCCAAAAUAUUUGUUCCUUCAGAAAUGACGCAAUCUUCAAAACUCUAUGCAGGACGUAUUUUACAGCCACAAGAGGUGUACACUCCCUUCAGCCCAUCUUCCACAAUAUAUGAUGGUGACAUUGAUGAUGAACCAUCACUUUUAGAAGAAAUUGGGAUCAACUUUGACCACAUCUGGCAGAAAACCUUAACAGUUCUGAAUCCAAUGAAACCAGCAGAUGGCAGCAUCAUGAACGAGACUGAUCUGGCAGGACCAAUAGUUUUCUGUUUGGCAUUUGGAGCCACAUUGUUGUUGGCUGGUAAAGUACAAUUUAGCUAUGUUUAUGGAAUCAGUAUUUUGGGCUGUUUGGCAAUUCACACUCUGCUGAACCUGAUGAGUAUUACAGGGGUCUCAUAUGGCUGUGUGACCAGUGUCCUGGGCUACUGUCUCCUUCCAAUGAUCAUUCUUUCUGGCUGUGCAAUAUUCUUUUCACUCCGGGGAGUGACUGGAAUUCCGCUUGCUCUGAUUGUCAUUGGAUGGUGCAGCCUCUCAGCCUCAAAAAUAUUUAUCUCUACGCUGGCAAUGGAGGGACAACAGCUUCUUGUCGCCUACCCUUGUGCCUUACUGUAUGGGAUUUUUGCACUCCUGAUUGUUUUCUAA